UCACUCUCUGUUUCUCUCUCUCUCUCCCCCUACAAGACAGAGAGGGCACUGAAGACUGAACCACAAGUGUUGGACACGAACACGUAGCUGAGUCUGAGAGAGAAACAUAUAUAGAUUUGCAGCGCCUUGGCUGGUUGUUUGUUGUUGAGUUCCGCGCGUGUGUGCGUGAGAGAUAAGGGAAGAAGAUGGGCGUGGCGACGGUGACGGAGAUGAAGCAGAGCGUGAGCGUCUCCGGGAAGAAGAUGUUCCGGACGAGCCUCAACAAUCGGCACGCCAAUGAAUGGCCUCCCACCGACGUCUCCAGCGACCUCACCGUGGAAGUCGGCACGUCCAGCUUCGCCCUCCACAAGCUGCUCGCGCAGUUCCCGCUGGUCUCCCGGAGCGGCAAGAUCCGGCGGCUCGUGGCGGAGGCCAAGGACGCCAAGCUCGCGCGCCUCACCCUCCACGCCACGCCCGGGGGCGCCCCGGCGUUCGAGCUCGCCGCCAAGUUCUGCUACGGCGUCCACGUCGACAUCACGGUUGCCAACGUUGCCAUGCUCCGCUGCGCCGCGCGCUACCUGCAGAUGACCGACGACUUCUCCGACAAGAACCUCGAGCUCCGCGCCGAGGCCUUCCUCCGCGACGCCGUCCUCCCCAGCAUCGCCAGCUCCGUCGCCGUGCUCCGCACCUGCGAGGCGCUGCUCCCGGCCGCCGAGGACGUCAACCUCGUCGCCCGCCUCAUCGCCGCCAUCGCCAACAACGUCUGCAAGGAGCAGCUCGCGUCCGGGCUGCUCUCCAGGUUGGACCACACUGGCGCGCAGCUCAAGCCGGCGGCGCUUGACUCGCCGGGGGAGGGGGACUGGUGGGGCAAGUCGGUCGCCGGCCUCGGACUGGACUUGUUCCAGCGACUCCUCUCCGCCGUCAAGUCCAAGGGCCUCAGGCAGGAGACGGUCACCCGGAUCCUCAUCAACUAUGCCCACAACUCGCUGUACGGGCUCAUGCCCUGCAGGGACGCCGACAAAUGCGGCGGCGUCACGGACACGGACACGGACACGGACGCCGUCAAGAAACAGCGCGCCGUCGUCGAGACCAUCGUCGGCUUGCUACCGGCGCAGUCCAAGAAGAGCCCCGUGCCAAUGGCCUUCCUCUCGGGGCUCCUCAGGACGGCAAUGGCGCUGUCCGCUUCCAACAUAUGCAAGGCCGACCUCGAGAAGCGGAUCGGCAUGCAGCUUGAGCAGGCUAUCCUGGAGGACAUCCUGAUCGCCACCGGGUCCGGCGAGGCCUCGACGCUGUACGACACGGACGUGGUGGCCAGGAUCUUCUCGGUGUUCCUCAACCUUGACGAGGACAAGGAGGAGGACGGCGGCGGGUUCGACUACGACAGCCCGCGGUCCCCGAAGCAGAGUUGUAUAGUCAAGGCCUCCAAGCUGCUGGACAGCUACCUGGCCGAGAUCGCGCUGGAUUCCAACCUCGUCCCCGCCAAGUUCAUCUCCCUCGCCGAGAUCCUCCCUGACCACGCCCGCCUCGUCACCGACGGGAUCUACCGCGCCGUCGACAUCUUCCUCAAGGUGCACCCGAACAUCAAGGAGGCGGAAAGGUACCGGAUGUGCAAGGCGAUUGACUGCCAACGGCUUACGCCGGACGCGUGCAGCCACGCGGCCCAAAACGAGCGGCUGCCGGUGCAGAUGGCGGUGCAGGUGCUCUACUUCGAGCAGAUCCGCCUGCGGAGCGCGAUCCAGUCCGGCGGCGGCGGCGGCCAUGACGGGGCUCUCUUCUUCGGCGGCGGCGCGGUGUCGUCCGCAUCGACUGUGCAGGGCGGCGGCGGCAACAACAUGCGGUCCGGGAGCGGGGUGGGGAGCGGCGCCAUGUCGCCGCGGGACAACUACGCGUCGGUGCGGCGGGAGAACCGGGAGCUGAAGCUGGAGGUGUCGCGGAUGCGGAUGCGGCUGACGGACCUGGAGAAGGACCACGUGAGCAUGAAGCGGGAGCUCGUGCGCGUCAACCCGGCGAACCGCCUGCUACGGAGCUUCGCGCGCAGCUUCGGCAGGCUCAACACGCUAUUCCGGAUGCGCCCGGCUGCCGAGCCUGGGUUGCAGCAGCUCGGCGCCAAGGCUACCGCCGACGCCAAGGUGCUCUUCCAGCGCCGCCGCCGCCAUUCCAUCUCGUAGAUACACCACCGCCUGACCAUCCAGCGUGUUGAAUCUUGCGCCUUCUCGUAUGUGUGCAUAGCAAGUGAUUGAUAAAACGCCGUGACCGUGAUUCAUCUGCCCGCUUUUCAGCACUUGUACCCGACUAUUUUGUUUGUGGGGAUUGCAUGAUAUUCUCUUGACUAUUCUUUUGAUAGUAGUCGUGGAUUUUUUUUAACACAAUAUAUGA